AUGGGAUGCUGUUUCUCUAGAUCUACCGGGCCUAAUUCGCCUUAUCCCGGAGGUGCACCCAAUGCCUCUGCUCGCCACAUCAACCCCCCGCCGCUAACUCUACCAGAGAGCGUGCAAGCAGGCUCCCAAGUCUCUCCUGGUCGACGACAUCGAGAUCAAGGCCCUCUGGAUGAGCAUAUCAAUAAACCACUGAGGCGACACGUCUGGACAUCAACGGAACGUCGAUGGACGAGGCAGCAGCUGGACGAUGAGCGAGCAGACUUUUUCGAUACCCGAGUAACUGGGCGUCCGGAAAUAUGGCAAACAAUUCGGGCUGCCGUAUCCGUCUUGCAAGAGCCCGGUGGUGAUAGUCCCGAUGGACUAGCGACCGCCCAAUCGAUUCUAUCCGCUGCCGAGAUUUCAUUGCCAACGGGAGAUCUCGCGAAUGGUGUCUACGACUCGCUCGGCAACUAUUAUCAGUUGCCACAAUGGGUUGUUUCUGAUCCCAGUAAUAUUUCCGCUCCCGGCGAAAGAGAUGAAGAGCCCGAGAUAUCAACAACAGGAGAAGAUGAUUCCGCAAAUGAAGACGUAGACUCUGGCUCACUUGUAGGGGAAUCUGAAAGGCGACGGCACGAGAAAGGCAAACAAGUCAUCGAUGGGCAGACUGAGCUUAAGCUACGGGCCCGCCUCAGCGAGACUGGUAAAGAUUUUCAUAUCUGCGUCAACAAGUCGGAGCCGGUGCGGAACGUGAUCAGGAAGCUUGUUUGUGAAGCAUCGGGCUAA